CUGCGCAUCCCGGAUACAGUUCUUUGGCGUGAAGCAUAUGACAAAGGGAAGGACUUGGUAACUUUCUCCUCCAUAAAACUUCGAUUGAAAUCGUUUGUCUGUUAGUGAAUGUCGAUUGAAGCAGUUUAUUUUUUGUACUGCUGGAUGCCGCCCAUUUUAUCCAACCAGAGACGGCUUACAUUAAGUUUAGACUAGGACUAGAAAGAAUGACAGUGCAAACAUUGUGUUAGAAUUUGGCUUUCCUGGAUCCUUUUACAACGAAUUAAUUUGACGUUAUUGCCAGAACCGUGGAACUAACUGAAACAAAAAGUAGAAAAGUUAAAAGAUUACACAUUUUCUUGCCAAACAAGGUGAAAUUGGUCAUUGCAAACCGAUCACAAGGUCUCCAAGUAAAAAGUAAACAAACGUUGUAGGCUGAAAAACCACCAUUGAUCGCAGCGCCAAGCGGAUUACUUCGAAAAAGCUAGGACAUAGUGCCAUGCCUUGGAACUAAGGUCCGCUGUGUACAGCCAUCCAUUCUCCAUUUACGAAUGCCUUUGUGAAAGAACCGGUACGUAACAGAUACAUCCGCUACUUCACUGAAUUGGUUGACCUCCAGUUUAGCAGACGGCAGUCCCUCCAAAACGAAAAUGGACACGGACAUCAAAUUAAGAGAAAGAAACCGUGGAAAGACAGCAGAUCGAGAAAAUCAAGAGGGUUCAUCGUUUGAUCUAACUUUUUCCGACCUGAGCUACACUGUGGGAAAAGGAGAAACAGCUAAACAAAUAUUGAAGCAAAUUAGUGGUACAUUCAAUUCGGGCAAGCUGACAGCCAUUAUGGGGCCUUCGGGUGCCGGGAAAACCUCACUAAUGAACAUAUUAGCUGGAUUAAAGAAAAGCGGAAUGCAAGGUCGCGUGGACGUUAAUGGGGCAGAACGAAAGUUCAAAACUUUUCGAAAACAGUCGGCAUACAUCACGCAGCAAGAUCAUCUUUUGUCUAAUUUAUCCGUGGAAGAGUAUAUGAUUUCUGCUGCCCACCUGAAAUUAGGAAACGACGUCUGUGAAAAGGAAAAGAAUUUAACCAUCGAGCUUAUUAUGAAGACACUUGGGUUGACGAACAGCCUAUCGACAAGGGUUUCUUGCUUAUCUGGUGGUGAAUGUAAACGACUUGCCAUUGGACUGGAGUUAAUCGAUAACCCAUCCAUCCUAUUUUUAGAUGAACCAACAAGUGGUUUGGAUAGCUCAUCCAGUUUGCAAUGUGUGGCUGUACUGCGUGACAUCGCCAGGACCGGCCGCACGGUGGUGGCUACUAUUCACCAACCAAGUACGCGAUUAUUGGACCAGUUUGAUCAGCUGUAUAUAGUAGCUGGUGGAUCGUGCAUGUACCAAGGCCCAGUCAAUUCUUUGAUUCCGUACCUUCAAUCAAUGAAUUUGAGCUGUCCGGAUCAUCACAAUCCAGCUGAUUUUGCAAUCGAUGUGGCUUCCGGAGAAUAUGGAGAUGUUGUACUUCGCUUGAUAUCUGGGAUUGAGAACGGUCGACGUGUUUACCAGAAUAAUUCAUCCUCUUCAUGCUUGCCAUCAUCGAGCCAUGACACCGAAGUCGACGAAGUGGAUGAAACUGACUUUAUGAUCAAUAGCCAUUUGAGGACAAAUAAAAGAGGAAGAAAUGAACUUUCAUACAGCGCUCCGUUUCACACUCAAGUCACUGUUCUCCUGCGAAGAACGUGGUGUACUAUUUGGAGAGAACAGAUUUUGACGACGAUGCGCCUUACUCUUCACGUUUGCAUUUCAAUCCUGAUCGGCUUAGUGUAUUGGCAGAUCGGGAACGAUGCCCAUUCCAUAUACAAUAAUGCUGGCAUGCUUUUCUUCAGUCUUAUCUUUAUUCUGUAUGCCGCCAUGAUGCCGACGUUUCUUACAUUUAAUUUAGAGAGGGAAGUGCUGAUUCGAGAGCAUUUAAACCGAUGGUACAGCCUCAAAGCGUACUAUUUAGCCAAAACUUUGGCUGACAUACCAUUUCAGAUAUUUUUUCCUACUGUCUAUUUAAUCCCGGUUUAUUUAAUGACUAACCAACCCCUGUGCAUAGAGCGUUUCCUUAUGCUGUGGACCAUAGCAAUUUGUAUUUCUCUCGUAGGACAAGGUAUCGGAUUAUUCUUUGGCGCUGCUUUCGACAUCCCAGUAGCUUCUUAUUUCGCCCCCAUCAGCUGCAUUCCGUUCUUGCUAGUAUCGGGCUUCAUGUCGAAAUUUGACGCAAUUCCAGCUUAUCUUAACUGGAUAACAUACCUCAGUUUUCUUCAUUACAGUUUCGAAGGUUCUAUGCUAUCCCUCUAUGGUGGUGAUCGUCCGCCUCUCUCCUGCUCUCAUUCUUAUUGCCAUUUUCGAUACCCAAUCAAGUUUUUGGAACUAUUCGAUUUGAAUAACAGUUCCUAUUACUUUUCAGUACUUGGCAUGAUGGCGAAUUUCUUCGUUAUACGGGUGGCUGGCUAUUUAGUUUUACGUUUCAAGCUUCGGCACGUGCGUUGAACCGUUUUGGAUUUCUGUUUUGUUUCUCGCAUUUGUACAAUCUCAGUUUGGUGUGCCAUUUAUAGUUGGCUGCUUGAUUAUUUCCCAAACGAACAAAUAGCUGCAUUUAAACUGUUUAUUAAUUAUGAUGUCCGUUCUUGUGUACAGUAUGUCGGGAAAAUUAAAUCCAUUCUAAUCUAA